AUGUCAAAGCGACGACAACGAGGCCAACAGAGUAUCUCGGAAGCGAGUCUACAGAGAAUACAGACCGCACUCGAAGAAAUAGAGCGCCGCGUAACCACCUCCGAAGCCCUCGAUUCCUCACGAAUUGCCCAACACAACCUACCACCGCGCAACUUACCAUCUACGGUAUCGAAGACCCCACUGUACAAUGGUUCCAACGAGGCCCCAUGGGAGCGAGGUAAUAGUCCGAAUCAAUCAAUCGUUAUAGAAAGUCCACAGGAUAUGGGCGGCUACCACACAAUCGAGGAGGAUAUUGAAUUCUGGGGUCCCAGAACGAGCAUGUCUAUCUGCUCAUUAGCUGGAAUAGCAUGGGUAACGGAAAAAGUCAAGCAGCCCGACUUUCGACUUAGUGCAACUCGGUUCACCCAAGACGUUGCACGACGACUGAAGCUGCAAAAACGACUUACCAAGGAACGAAGAGAAGACCCCAACUUGAGCGAUGCAGUCAGAUAUACUGAAGCCUACUUCGAAGAAGCGUCUGAUGCAGCUCUUGGGAUAGUACGACGAUCAUGGUUUGAAUCUAGGCUUCGUUCAUUUUAUAAUGACUCGACGACCGACGACGACCCGUCUUGGUAUGCAUUACGAAAUAUUGUCCUUGCUUCGGGCUGUCGAAUAGUUGUGGCUAAAGAGGCUACAUACAACGACGCACAGCAAGAGUCGUGGUCCUACUUUGAGAAUGCCCUCUCGGUGCACUCAGAGCUCCUCUGUUUCAGGAGUUCGGUUAUGGGCGUACAGGCUUUGACUCUUAUGGCAUACUUUGCGGAGGCUAUUUCGUGUGAGAUGUUGCAAUACAUUCUCGUGGCCAACGCGUACCGACUUGCAUGCGGGCAGGGUUUGCAUGUACAGCCAGCGCCGUCUUGGAACCUCACAAGAGAAGAGAAAUCCCUGCGACAGUCCGUUUUCUGGGCUAUAUACUGCCUCGAGAAGCAAAUAGCCUGUCGCUCAGGCCGACCUUCGAUGAUAGACGAUGAGGAGGUAAAUUGCCCACUUCCAACCUUGGAUCGAUCCGAUGGCUCUGUCAACGUGAGAUAUAUACAGGCGUGCAUCAGACUCAAUCACUUAUCGUCUGUCGUUCAAAGGACCCUCUUUAAAGCAUCAAAGUGGCGACAAGCAUCGAAAGAGCUCGUUCAUAAUGUCAAAAUGCUUCAAACCAAGCUUGAAGAACUCCGAGAUGACUUACGGGACUUGUGUAGCAUUGAACUGCCUCUGAAUAUGACGAACUUGCCAGCCAAUCUCAGUCUGCCGCAAGCUCUUUCGAUACAGUUCCUUUACUACAACCUGGUGUGGGAUACCCAUACGACUUUGGCACAUCCUUGGUUUCGCAGUGUCAAGGGGGUUGAACAACAUCUAGACUUCAAAGGUCAGAUUGCUCAAUCCUCCUCAUUUGUGGCAGAAACCUCGAGGGCUGCUGUACUUGAUUUUAGGUUCAUUCAUCUCGACGCAAACAGUCCAAUGCCGGUCUCCUACUACUCUCCUCUAUAUGCGGCCGUCAAUCUAUUUAUCAAUGUCUUAUAUGACCCCUCUCAAGCGUCUGCUCACUCUGAUCUCGUCCUAAUGGACGCCGCCAGCGGAUAUUUCGCACUCUUGGAGUACGCUACCGAUGGCCAGUGGUCGAUUCCACUUGUUAGAGAUAUAUCAACACUUGCCAGAAAUGCAGUGGAGAGGUAUAGGCAAGCUUCCAACACUAUCACGCAGCCCCAAGAUACUGCAUCGGUCGUAAGCCCUAUAUUUUCAACACUGCAACCGGCUUUUGCAGCUGACCAGGACGAGAAUGAAGGCACAAAUGAAGUUAGAACUCCAUGA